CCAAUCCAAAGCAUUGCUCGUUACCUAAGAACCUCUUUUACGUAUCACUGACUUAAUCACAAAAUUUCCUAUGAACUAUUCAAAACAUUAAACUCCUAUAAAACCCCAUUGUUUCCUAGGUCAAUAAAUUUCCACCCGAAAACGAAAAAACAUCGUUUCCAUCCAUUUACCCGGUGUGAAACGUUCCAGAUCCCCGUGUUCCAUCAUCAAUCACAUGCAUGUCUGCCGGGGGAGAACACCUCAAGGAUGAGGGCACGCGACGACAAGUCGUUCUCGCAGGCGGGAUCGCAGGCCUGGUCUCCCGAUUCUGCGUUGCGCCCCUCGACGUCGUCAAAAUCCGUCUGCAGCUCCAAAUCCACUCCCUUUCCGACCCAUCCUCCCACCAGAACAUAAAAGGUCCCAUCUAUAAAGGCACGCUUCCCACGAUCCGCUCCAUCUUCCGCGAAGAAGGGAUAACAGGAUUAUGGAAAGGCAACAUCCCCGCGGAACUAAUGUACGUCUGCUACGGCGCCAUCCAAUUCGCCGCCUACCGAACAACCACGCAAGCCCUAUCGCAACUAGACCCUUACCGACUCCCUCCGCCGGCUGAAUCUUUCGUCGCGGGUGCCACAGCAGGUGGGUUAGCCACGGCGUCGACGUACCCGCUUGAUUUACUACGCACACGGUUUGCAGCGCAGGGCACGGAACGUGUGUAUGCGUCGCUCUACGCAUCGGUGCGCGAUAUAGCGCAGAAUGAAGGACCUAGAGGGUUCUUUCGGGGAUGUAGUGCGGCUGUCGGGCAGAUUGUACCCUAUAUGGGCUUGUUUUUUGCGACGUAUGAGUCAUUGCGGCCGGCGAUGUCUGGAUUGCAUGAUCUGCCGUUUGGGUCGGGGGAUGCCGCGGCGGGAGUGGUGGCCAGCGUGUUGGCCAAGACGGGGGUAUUUCCGUUGGAUCUGGUGCGUAAGAGGCUGCAGGUGCAGGGCCCGACGCGCUCCAAGUAUGUGCAUCGGAAUAUCCCGGAGUACCAGGGGGUGCUCAACACCAUGGCCAUGAUCGUGCGGACACAGGGGAUGCGAGGGCUCUACCGCGGGUUGACGGUGAGUCUCUUCAAGGCCGCGCCGGCCAGUGCCGUGACAAUGUGGACCUACGAGAAGUCGCUGCAUUAUCUCCGCGAGCUCGAAGUGGCCACGGCGUGAUUCCCGCCCCGUUGGACUUUAAUUAGAUUGUACAAUAUAGACUAAUGCAUUACCCGGUGUUAUCCUGGGUGCCGAUUCAUAAUGAA